GUUGUAAGUAUUUCAAUUAUGCAUUUUGACAAUAAUACUUCAGUUCAAAAAUCUGCUCGACCAUUUGUUUAUAUUCAAUAUCCAAAGAUUAAUAAAUCAACAACGACUAGUAAUAAGCAUACUCAAUCAUACACGACUCUAUUUUAUAAUAACAAAGAGCAACAACACACGUCUCAUCAAAUAAGCAUAUCAAGUCCUUCAUCAACAUCAUCAUCUUCCUCUACCAUUACAUCUCCUAUUCAAAUCAAUAAGUUUCAACUAGAAAAGUCAAAGGAUGAUAGUCAGCCUAAAAAGAAGAAACGACAACACACAGGCUAUGCAUGUGAUAAAUGUCGAGAAAGAAGAGUUGGUUGUGAUCGAGUAAAACCUAUUUGCGGACAAUGUAAAGACCGUUAUAACUGUACAUAUAGCAAUCAUGCUCUAAGAGUCGAUAGUACUUCAAUGAGACAAAGAUUAGAUGAUUUAGAAAACCAGGUUAGUCGGCUCACCUCAUUUGUUACUCAUCUUGAACAAGAACAUCGUUCCAUAACUCCUUAUAAUAGACAUGUGCAACACCCUUUUGUCACACAGCUCCCUAUUUUGUAUGAGCCCAAUGAACAACAAGACUCUCAAGUACUGUUAUCGCCAUCAAAAGCCACAAUCGAAACCAAUAGUAGUGUAUAUGAUUGGGCUAUUGAGACAGGCUGGCCUGUUAUCGAGAAUACAGAUGGAAUGAGAUCUAUAUUUACGAACAUCAAAAGCUUUGAUGACCUUAGCGAGGCUUUGAAAAAUACUGUAAAUGCUCUUUACAAUUUAAAAGGUCAUACUCUAUAUAAACAACCGAGUAAUAAGACUUUUAUCUCACAGCAAUUGACAUUAAAAGAAUUAAAUUGUUCAUCUGUGCAACAAAAUGAUCAUAAAAUUGAAUUUGAAUACUCAUCUUCACUAAAACUAGAACUAGACCAACAAUCAACUGCAAACAAAAAGGAACAUAUAUUUACAUUAUUUGAAAGUCUAAAUCGUUACUCUAAAUCAGCAACUAAUUCGAAAGGUUCUACCGAACCAAUAAAUUUGAAUGAACAAUAUUUAGAACUAAAUGUCAUGACACGCUUAAUUCAUCAACAUCAUCAAUGUGGAUUUCCUACGUUGGUCAGUCCUUGUCGAUUCGAAAAAUAUUAUCAGGAGGGACAGUUAAAGUCAAUUGUUCUCUCUUCUGUCCUUUCACAUUCGGUACCACACUGCUGUAUAUAUCAUCCUCAACUUGUACAAAUUCAAGAUUUCGGAGAACUAGGAAAUAAAUUUUACAACCACUCACACGACCUGUUAGAUAUUGAUGAACCUGCAAAUUUAUCUAAUAUUCAUCAACGUAUAUUCCUUAUUACUUAUGAUUUAGAUUUAGGAAGAGUAAGACGUGCUUUCUUGCAUCUUGGUAUUGCAAUUCGUAUGUGUUAUAUAUUAAAUCUACACUGCCCUGAAGGUUAUAUGUCAUGUAAAUCAGCGUUCGAAAGAGAACAAUCAAAACGAGUAUUUUGGACUGUUUGGUUUUAUGAUAACAUGGUUUCUCAACUAUUUCAUGAUCAGUUAUCCACCUUCAAAUUAAAUGAUAUUUCUAUUGAAUUACCAAUUCCAUUACCAGAAUUUAAUCAAAUAGAAAUGGACCAAACUACGUUUGCCAUCAACAUAAUAGAAAUCAGAAUGAUAGCAGCAUCUAUUUCAGAAGAAUCUCAUAAAAUAGAGCCUCGCAUACUUGUAAAUCGAUUUCGAGAAAAACUAUGGAGAUAUUAUAAUAACACGCUUUCUAAACAAUCACAAUUUAGAAAAGAAGUCUCAUUUCCCCCUAAUACAUCUAUUUGGGCAAGAAGAAGCUAUUUUUGUACAUUAUUAGACUAUUGCCAAUGUUGGAUUACUAUAUAUAGAUCAUUAUUACCCUCUGCUAAUUAUAAAGGUGAUAAGCCUUUAACAAGAGAUGAGAUAGAGGCUAUUUUACAUACUUCACAAGCAGCGGUUGCUAUUGUACAAUUAUUUCAAAAUUGGUUUAAAGUAUCUUUACAAUCUGAAGAAGGAUUUGAUUGCUUUUUUAGACCUUAUUUAUAUCAUUUUAUGAGUGCAAAAUAUAUUUUCAGUUCAAAUGUAUCACAAAUCGGCAGAUCACCAGCAUUAAUAUAUGUAAGUCGUGCUUAUUUAAUUUUACUCUUACAACUCUAUCAAACAACACCUACGCGAAAGUCCUUUGAUGAAAGCCAACUUGAAAAUGACAUGAUGCAAUUUAUAGAAAUGCAUCAAAUUGAUUCUUCUAAAGAUGUUUUUGUACAUCAGACCAUCAUUGACGAAGCUUUGUUAGAUGAUUCAAAUGCAGAUGGAGGCUGGAGCAUUUUUUCAUGUUACACAGACAGUGCCUUACGAGAUAAGUUUGGAAAGAGCGAUUACCUACAUGAAUGAUAAUAAAAGUUUUUUCAAUGUUUUUUCCCGUUUUUUCAAAUAUUUUAUUAAUGACUUUAUAUCGAUAUUAAUCAGUAGCGUACCUCUUUUUCUAAAAGUAGUCAUAUUAUACCACACUUUUUUUUUUCCCAC